UGACCCAGGCGGGGCGAGGAAGCCGGGCGGCGGGCGGGCGGGCCUGGGCCCCGACGGGGCGGGGCGGGACCAUGUCUGCUGAGAGCUCCGUCCCCCCGCCCGAGGAGCCGGCCUCAGCGGCCGAGCUGGGCCUGCCCCCGCUGCGGGAGCGGGAGCCGGGGAGAACCGGAGCCGCAGUCCCUGGCGCCCGGGGGGAGCCGCCGCCGGCACCCAACGCCGUCGCCGCGCCCGCGCCCCUGGGCCACAGCGUGCCCCAGGCGGCCGUGGCCGUGAAGCCCCUCGGACUGCCCUUGGCCCACAAGCCUCCGGAGCCGGGGAGCCCCCCGGGGCCCGAAGACGAUGAAGACGACGCUGACGGCGACGAGGGCGAUGAGGACGACGGCGACGGAGCCGCCGCGAGGGAGCGGCCCCGGGCCCUGCCGCCCAAGGAGAACCCUUGGACCAAGAAGCCACCUCCGCCUCCGUCUGCGUUGUUGCCGCCGGCCGUGGUCGCCGCCGCGCCCGGCCCGGCCGCGGGCCAGACCCCGGCGGCCGCUGCCGCCGCGCCGCCGCAGCUGCUGCUGCUGGCCGAACCCACCGAGCCAGAACUAAGUUCCACAAAAAUUAUAAAAGCAGGAAAACCCAAGACAAAGAAAACCAACAAGGCUAGUGAUUUCAGUGACAUCACAAAUUGGCCAACACCAAGUGAAUUAGUGAACAAUGAAUGCCAGAAUGUCACCAGUCAACCAAAUAAGAAGCCCCAAAACAGAAAAGAAAAGGAAGAAAAGGUUGAAAAGAGAACCAACAGUGAAAGUAAAGAAAACCGUGAAGCAAAGCUUGAUGGCCCUGGAGAAAAUGUCAGUGAGGAUGAGGCCCAAUCAAACAAUCAAAGAAAGAGAGCUAAUAAGCACAAGUGGGUACCACUUCAUUUAGAUGAUGUAAGACCUGAUAGCCAAGAAAGACCAGGAUCUCGGAAUAGCUCAAGAUCUCAACCAGAAGCAAAUAAGUCUGCACAUAACAACCGACGAAAUGAUUCACGAAGUUGGAGACGUGAUAGAGAGAAGAGAGAUGAUCAAGAUGAAGUUUCCAGUGUGAGAAGUGAAGGUGGUAAUAUUCGAGGUUGCUUUAGAGGUCGAGGAAGAGGACGUGGCCGGGGAAGAGGACGUGGCAGAGGAAAUCCUCGAAUGAACUUUGAAUAUUCGUAUGGUUAUCGAGAACAACAUGGUGAAAGAACUGAUCAGCCAUUUCAACCAGAACUUAACACUAGCAUGAUGUAUUAUUAUGAUGAUGGUACAGGAGUUCAAAUGUAUUCUGUGGAUGAAACAUUGCUCAAAGAAUACAUUAAGCGGCAAAUUGAAUAUUACUUCAGUAUAGAAAAUUUGGAACGGGACUUCUUUCUUAGGAGGAAGAUGGAUGAACAGGGUUUCUUGCCUAUUUCUCUGAUUGCCAGUUUCCACCGUGUUCAGGCCCUGACUACAAAUGUUAAUCUCAUUUUAGAGGCUUUGAAAGAUAGUACAGAAGUGGAAAUAGUGGACCAGAAGAUGAGGAAAAAGGUGGAACCAGAAAAAUGGCCCAUUCCUGGCCCUCCUCCACGUAAUGUGCCACAAACUGACUUCUCUCAGCUCAUCGACUGCCCAGAGUUCAUACCAGGCAAAGCCUUUGGCUCACAUACUGGUAACGGCUUUUCUUUUUCCAGAACAGACAGUUUAGCAGUAGGAAAGGCUAUGUGGCCCAAUCUUCCUGUCCCUUUUUUAGUUUCUUUUUUUGGAUUCAAUAGAAAGAAUAAAGUUCACACUAUGACUUUCGAUGCCCUGAAUUUUAUUCAUGUAAUUCCCAUAGAGAGCUACAAACUACCAAAAGCAGGGAUCUGAGAGUUAAAGUUGCAACUGUAUUCUUCACUCACCUCUCAUUCUUUUAGAUUGUUUUCAUACUUUUGUAGGCAUGAAGUUUCUGCCUAAUUGAUUUUGAUUUUGAUGAUUAUUUAAUCAUAUUUUUGUAAAUGAAUAAGGAAAACAACUAGAGGAUUUUCAGAUACAAUAUGCCACUUUUUUUCCCCCCAAGUAAAUUUAAUAUUGGAAUAUUCCAGGUGUUCAUCCUUGGAAAGUAUUCUUUUAUCCACAAUACAGGUAUAGUAGAGCACACGCAAUUACAAUGCAAGCUUCCCUUAAUUUCCCUGCCAAUGUGCUUCAACCUUGACUUGAAGGGACACAGACCUUGUCUACACUCUGGUUAAAGCAGAAUUAGGGCCUAUCUAUAAGGUUAUUCUCACUUUGUGGAUUAAAAACUGGUUGUGACUUCCACUUCACAAACUGCUUUGUGUUAGAUGGUUUCCUGGAGCAUCCUUAAGGCAUGCCGCCUCGGGAAAAAUGUGUACUAGAACUUUUUUCAGUCAGUGGGAUGAUCUCCUGAUGUACUUGGAUGUCAUGUGAACGGAAUAUGCAGUGGAAUGGGUGACUCAUUGAAAAGUCAAUCUAAUCACUUUUGGAGCUAUGUGGUCCAGCAAAUCUGAAACUGGGACUGUCCUCAUCUGCACAAGAAAGCCUGCUUUCUGACUCCUAUUGCAGGAGCGUGGUUCAACACUACAAUGGAGAGUCUGCCUAUGAGAUGAUGUUAAGGUGGACUAGAGGACUGCUGUUGUCUUAAAAACUCUGCCCAUCAACAUGGAAGUGGGCUGCAUGGGCUACUCUUUCCAGGAUGAGGGAAAGUCUACAACUAUCAUUCUGGAAAUCUAGCAAGUGUGUGUGUUUUUGCUGCCAGGCUUGUGUGCAUCAGCAGUGUUACAGAAAUAGGUUUGAAUGUGAAGGCAUUUUCCAAACUAUGAGGCUGUUUGAUAAUUGAUCUACCCUUCAUCAGCUGCUCACUACUGACAGAAGUUAUGUAUGUAAUUAAAUGUAGACUGAUGGACUCUUGCAUCUUGCAUCUAUUCGUGAGUGUUCAUUUGCUAAAGAAUGUCUUACAAUUAAAUUUUUAAAAUACAGAAAAGGAAAAAGAAGGCACCUUUUCCACUCAUGAAUUGUAUUAUUGAUGGUUUUUCAAGGUACUUGAAAUACCAAUGCAGUCAGCAGUGAUGUUGGGCAGUCUCAAGCGUUAUUUUGACUUUUCUGAUCUACUUUUGAUUGUCCUAGCUGUUGAUUUUCACCUCUGUGCCUCUCUAAUCCCAGAAAACACCCAUUGUAACAUUAUUUUAUAGGAGUUAAAAUGGCCAGGUGAUUUUUCAAAAAUUGAAGGAAAGAUGACACUGCCUCCCGACAAGUAAUUAAUGUAUGUUGUUUGUGCAUGUCAGAGAUUACUUUUCCUUUAUUAUGUAAAAACAUCAUGGGAUUCAAGAUGGAAGUUCUAACCUGACCUAAGAAUAGGAAUUUCAGAGUUAAUAGUCCGAUAAUGUUGCCAUGGAAAAUACAUUUGCAGGGCAGAUGGGAAACAGGUCAGCCAGAAUGGAGAUGCCAUUAGUCUAUUAAUCAUCUUUGCAUUAUUAAUAAAAAAUAAGAUAAUAAAAAUCAGAAUGCCUUGUAUAUUUUUUGUGUGUGUUUUUAUAACUAGCACUCAGACACAUGCACAUAUUAAUUUAAUGCCUCUGAAACAGUCCAAGUGUGUUCAAACACAUUUUUACCAUUUUCUGGUUAUUUCUAAAAUAAGAAAUUUAAUUUAAUCUUAGCUUAAUGAAUGAAUACUAGAGAAAGGAGCAGUCAUGUAAUUUUCUGAAGCUGUUAAGUUUCCUUGAAAUUUGAGGAUUAAAUCCUUGAUAAAUAAUAUGUGCUAUAUGGCUGUUUUCAUUUAAAUUCCAUCUUUGUUAAUUUACUGCCCAAUUGGGGGUUGGGGGGCAGGAUUCUAAUUGAAAGAACUUGAUUCAGCUCCCCAGUAAGUCUUGGUCACUUGAACUUGGUCUGCUAAGGUGGUAAAAAUAUGCCUUUAAAAAUGUAAUUCUGGAUCCCUGACUCUGUCUGUAUAAACCUUUUUCAGAUCAAACAAUAUGGUGGAGACUUAAAGAGCAUAAAGACAAACCCUUAAUUUGCCCUUUUCUGAGAAAUUUGGGGGAGGGAAGGGAAAACAUUUAUUUCUCAAACAUUUCGCUCCUCUUUUCAUCACAGAAACAAAUCUUUUCUUUUCCUUAAGGGAAAAUCCCUGAUCUUUUUUUAUAGAAUCUUUCUUAAAUCAGGUUGACUUAUCUAAUGUUGAUUGGCCUUUGCAACGAGCAGAGGACUUUAUUGCAUCAGGAAAGCUUAAAGAGCAACUUGAUUAGAAGAGGAAUGGUAAGAUAGAAUUCUUUUUCAAAAACACAUACAGUGGUCACUCAGGAGGGUACUUUAUGAACUCCCCCAGAACUACCAUGUAUAUUUAAGUAUGCUACAUACAAUAUAUUACAUAUAUUUAACAUUUAAGUAUGCUACAUAUUACUUGUCAAGUAAUCAUAGCGAUACCUGAAUAUCUUCUAGUAAUGGACACUGUUAUUCAUCAGAAUUAAACAUUUUGAAAAUGGAAGAGGGCUUGACUGCUAGAGCUUGCCUUUGGACUCUUAUUGUUAGCAAGAUUUUAUUUCUUUUGGCACGUAGUUUACCUAUUUGAUAAGGUCUUUGACUGCAUGUCCAUUGUGAAAUUAUUGAUAUAGGUAUAUGUCUAUAAAGACAUGUAUUUUGAUAGGUGAAUUAUAGUUAGGUGCCAUGUCAAAGGUUAGGUUUUUAAUUAUAUUCAAGUUUAUUCAUGCCCCAAAGGCUGUGGUUCUCUUAACAUGGAUAAAGUCAUGUCAGCAGGUGUAAUGGGGAGGUGACAUGAUGUACUUUGGAGAACCAAGUUUAUUGGUAAGUAAUUUUGCCUUUUAGAUACCUUUUUCUUCUCCCCAAAAAUGUAGUGUGGGAUAUCUCCAUUAAAUCCUGUUUUGAAGCCUUUUUAUAGCGUGAAAGUAAAGUAGGGUUUUACUAGUUAUUUUGCUCCCUUGUGAGUGUGAUCUGGUAGGCCUACCUAGGGGGAAAGGCUUUAAGUGUAGAUAGCCAUAUGUGUCUGGCAGUUGACCAGUCUAGCUAGUCUCAUCAACAGGUGGUGAGCAGUCACCAGGUUAGAGUUCUAUUGUCCAAGGCUUCUUAUGAUACCUUCUAGUCUAAGCUUAGAGGGGAGGGAUUGACAUCUUCAUUGGUGGAUGAAGCACCCAAACACUGAUGAAAUCUCAGUUGUUUUGAUAAUACAGAAUUAGAAAAACCUGCGCCUCUGGUAUAGGGCUGCAUGGCAUUUGCCGGCAAAAUUUUUACUGGAAUUAUCUGAAUAAGUGUUAAUUAAAAUUUUAAAGUAAUGAAGCAUUAGUUUAAAAAAAGUCUAGGUUUUAACUUUUUUAAAGGAAGCUUUGUUUUCAGUUUAAGAAAUAUACCAUAUAGAAAGCUACCCAGAAUCAAUUGGGCAAAUCUGUAAGUUUCCAACAUUUAAAUAUGUAAAAAUAUGGUAUGUCUCGUUUGAGAGAGAAUUAUGGGAAUUAUUGGGAAUUAUUUUUCUUAGCAUUGGAACCAUGGGAAAAAAUGGGAAGGAAAUGGUUUAAGAUUUUGGGAGAAGGCAAUGCCUUUUAAAUAUUUCAUAUUCUGAAUUAUAGUAUCCAGUUAUAGACUUAGAAAGAUUUAAAAAAUUUUUAAUUUAUACUGACACUUGUAUUGACCUAGGAGUGUGUGUCUCCAUUUAGAGUUCACAUGAUCUUCAAUAGAUAGACAUCAAUUUGUUCAGUGUUGGUAUUGAGUAUAAGAAUCUUGCACUUUAAAAUUUCUAAAAUAUAGUAAUUUGUAGUAGUUUUUAAAAAUUUCUGCUAUAUUGUAUAUGUCUUGUUUAAAAGCAUUUCAUUGCUUUUUCAGACCAAAAAUGUCUUUGUACUUCCAGUAUUUGUAUUUUUAAUUUCCAAGAAUAUUUGUUUCAUAAAAAUGAAUUUGGCAUCAUCCGAAAAAUCCCAUGUAGAACUUUAAGGAAUAGCCUAUGUUCCAUAUUUUAUUUUUUUCUUCAAACAAUUUUACAUUUCUACAUAGAUUUGCAUUAAUGGUUAAAAAAAAAAAAGUAGUUUUAUAUUCAUAAACUU